AGCGGGAGGCGGGCGGGGGGUGGGUGGUCGCUGAGAGAGUAAGGGCAGCGGAUGGUGCAGCGAGGUCGCCAUGCACAGGAAUUCCUAAACAAAAAUGAGUGAAGAGAAUAGUGUUACUUCACAAUUUGAAGAAUAUGAAGAUGAUUUUGAGAAAGAUCUUGAUUGGCUAAUCAAUGAAGAAACAAAAAAUAGUGAUGAAGAGCCAGAGGUUUAUGAAGAAAGUGAAAACAUUGAUGCCAAACUUAAUAAAGAGCUGGAUGAAGAAGAAAGAGAAGAAAAUAAAAAUUCCAUAGAUGAGAAACAAUCUGCAAGCUUUGUAGAAAAACCAUGUGAACGGAACAAAGAUUUAAUAGACCAUGCAGAGAUCGCUAGGGGAGAAAAAAAUGUUAUUGUCAAUCAACCUGAUCCUAUAUCAGGAUCAGAUAGUGAGGGUUCAUUUCAUGAAUUAAAGCAGGAUGAUCAGCAAGAAGCAGAAGAGCAAACAGAGGAAGUAAAACGCUAUAUAGUGGAAAAGAUUGAGCAAGCCAACAAGAAGUUGCAGGAUGAAGAUCCUAUAGAUCAAAAUCGAGAACGCAGAUUGAAGUUCAAAGACCAUUUGGUUGACUUGGAGGUCCCCCCUAUCCAUUUACCUGAGACAGAAAAGGAUAAUGGAGAGGUCACAGGUCAAAUGUCUGAAAUGUGCAUUUCAAGUGAUGCUCAAAAGGUCAAUGUUAAUACAGGAAAUAAAGGCGAUGAAGACAAAAUCAAAGACAAAAAAGUGUUGAUGGAAAAAGAUGGAAAAUUUGAACUAGUGAGUUUACAGGAUUUUGGGAAUCAAGGUUUAUUACCUCAGAUUGCUGUAGCAUUCAGUGAAAAUGAAAGUAAACAAUCUCACUGCUUCAAUUCAGAUAAUCCUAAAGGAAACAACUUUUCAAGUAGUCAGACCAGUUUAUCUCCAAAUGAAAUUCUUCAUAUUCCCAAACCGCCAGAUGAACCAAAGGAUCGAGCAACUUCUGCAGCUAAUAUACAGAAGAAUGGAGCUCAAAAGAUACUACCUAGAAGGGUCCAAUCUGCAAUAAUGUCUCCCAAACCAUCUCCCCAACCGAACAUCUCAAAGGAAAAGGAGUUUAAUUGGCGAACCCAAAAGAAAGGUCAACUUAAGACUGAGGUGGGGGUAAGAAAAACUGAAGAGGAGAUGCGGAAGAAAGAGGAAAAUAAGAUGGCUUUUGGGAUCUGGCUUCAAAAGAAGAAGCAGCAGCGCCAAGAAGAAAGAAGAAUUCAAUGUGCGAAGGAACUAGAAAGAAAGAAUAGUAAGGAACAUCAAGAUCCAAAUGAAGCCUUCAAUCUCUGGCUAAAGAAAAAACGGGAACAGCAAAUUAAAGAGCAGCAAGUAGAAGCCAUGAGAAAAAGGGAACAAGAUUACAACUCAAAAGUUCACACAAGGGAAGAUUCUGAAAAAGCUUUUAAGCAGUGGCUAAAAAGAAAGAAAGCUGAGAAACGGGCAGAACAAUUGGCUGCAAAGGAGCGAUGCAGGAAGUUUCUGAUGGAAGCUAGAAAAGUUAAAAGAAUGCAGACUUUACUAUGCACCCUUAGUGAAUCUAAAUCAUUUCAGUUUGACAAUUAUGGUUACAGGUUCUAGAAAAUCAUGGUUAUGACAUCUUCUUUUCAUGUUUUAAUGCCUCAUUGCAGAAUUCAAAUGAGCAGAAAUCUUUCAAUGGUUUGCAAACCAGACUUUCAGUACUAUGAAUACAUCUGAGGAAAUUUCCACAAUAUUAUUCUAAUGUGUAAUUUUAACAUGCUCAUACAUCAGUGUUAACAUUUGAAAAACGUCUGAGCAUUCCACAACACAUGAUUAGGUUGGAAUAAAUUAUCUGCACAAUCUCUGAAUUGUUAAUGUUUUCUUCUAUGCCAGUUAAAAGAUUUUUUUUAAGUAUUUAUGUUCUUUUUGUUUAAUAGGCUGAAGUAUACCAGUGUUAACAUUGAUACUUUCCACAACAAAUCAUUAACAGUUGUUAAAAAUAAACAAAUAAUUAGUGUUUGUGUGUGAAAUGGUGUAGUUCUGUAUAUGCAAGCAAUGAGUUAACUUUCACCUACUCAUGUGAGCUAAACCCUUUAAACUUGGGGAUAUAUUGUUUGACUAUCAAUCAGUUAGCAUUAUUAUACCUACAGCUCAUUUUACAGUUAAGUUUAUAAGUUUCUCUCCCCUUUGAAUGUUUGCAUCCUUUUUAAGUAAAAAUGGGUGGAUGCCCAACUCUGUUUUCUGGAAUUGUUAGUCAACAGUGUUUAGAAGUAUCCUGCUGAUUUGCUGCUUUCCAUUUAGAAAUUUCCCAACCUUAUAUACAGUUCUUCCAUGAUUGUCUUACUAAAAUCGGGAGUUUGUGUCAUCAUAUCCAGUCCAGGGACGCAUACUAACGUGUAUACCCUUCUUCAAUUGUAUAUAGUUUCUCUGGGGCUUCUGCUCUUCUGGUAUAAUUUUGAAUGAAACUUUAUUUCUGCCAAAGUUACACUAGUAAGGUGUAGAAGCUUUGAGGAAGUUCCGAGAAAUACCAUUUUUUUCUUAAGUACCUGUCUUCAGAGCUAUUUACCAAUAAACCUGCCUUCUUGAAUGUCAUAGGAUUCUUUGGAUUUCUUUGAAUUGUGCAUAAUUGUUUCAGUUGUACCAUGUUUCAUUCAGAUUCUAAGUAGACAAAAUUUUAAUAGCAGAAGACUAAUCAUAAUGAGAACAAUACCCAAUAUAAUUUUGUUAUACAGCUUUGCGUUAUCACUGAAAACUGUACAGAAAAAAUUAUAACAAGCAUGGAAUUUGACUGUUCACUUAAAACGUUUCUUUCAAAGAGGAAUUAAUGAUGCUUGGUCAAGGUUAAUGAUGCGUCAGUGUUAUUGCAUUGCUACUGUAUCUACAUAAAAUUAUAUGUAGGUGUUGGAGGUAAAUGUCAUGACUUAGAGGAAAAUGUGUAGCUUGUGGACAUAAAAAUGUUUUCCAAGAAUUCAACCAAUCUUUAUGAAUAUGAAACAAUGCACAAAGCUUUGUUAUAAAAGAGUUUUGCUUGUGACAUAUAAUGUCAUCCAACCAAUGUGUUUUUGAAUUUUAUGUGAUAUUAAAAAUAUUCUUAAUUUUAUCUAUAGGCUUUCUUUUUGGUUCCAAAAGCAGCUUUCUGACAAACAAACCUGAAAUCAUUUAAGACAUCUUUAAUAUUUUUAGGAUUGUGACUAGUAAUACAAAAGUAAGCUCAUUGGCAGGUCUUUUUGAUCCCUGCCUCUCAUUGGUGGAAAUGAAAAGUAUUGUGGAGAACCGAGAUCCAUAGUCCAGUUGAGGUCAAAGGGUUGUCUUAUUAAAUCACAAAAAAAUCAAACCAUUAAAUGCCUGAUCAUGAUUGAUCAAUCUGUGAGGAAUAUGAAAGGCAAUUGGCCAGCUGCUUGCUCACCAUACCAAUUCUUAUUCAGCAUGGUACCUUACUUGCUCAUUUUUCUCAUUAUUAUAUUUGAGAUUGGGGUGGGGAGAAAGGUACCUUGAAGAAAGAAUAUCAUUAAUCAUUGAGCUUUAUACAUAGUUAAAGCAUAGAGAUGCCAAUAUGUUCAUUACCCUUACCCUUUAUCUGGAUGCUGUUCAGGCUAAACUGCACUCGUUUGCAUAAGGUAAUGGUUCUGAAGUGUUAAUGUUGGAGACUGUAUUAAGUUCCACGUGAUCUGAUAAUGCCAUAUAUACUUGAGAGGAGAACGACAACAUCAUAGCAUCUAGUGGGGUGGGUGAAGGUCUAUUUCCCCAUGUCUCCCAGUAGUCUUAGGAGCAAUGUUUAACUUACUAAUCUAAUGUACUUAGUUGCUACCAUGUAUUAAAUUACAUCUUGCUUAAAACAAGAGCCUUGCCUCUUUAAGACUUAUUAGCGGAUUUCCUCUAUCACUGUAAACUAAUUAGGCUUUCAAACGUAGUCAAGAAAAAAGGAUGUUGGCAGCAAAUUAGGCCAACCACAAACUGGUAAUGUUGGCACAUAGCAGCAGUGGGCAUUAUUACUCAAUACCACAGGGUAACAAUGAGAAUUCCAAUAGAACCAAGAACUAAGAAUUAUAGUGGUCCUAGUAGCAGUUCUGGAUAUUCAUGGCCUUUAUGGUUUUAAAAACAACUUAUGUAAAUAUUUGGCAUCUUUGAAACAAUAACCAGGUUAAUCUUCCAAUUAUUGAUAAGUAUGACUUGAGUAUUUUGGAGUUUAAGUUAAAUAAUUUUAGAAGGACAUUCAUAUUUAAAAACUUGCUUUACAGCAUAAGUAAUUGUCCUUUGCAAUUUUUAAUGUUUUUAAUGUGACUAAGAAUGUAGUUAUUAAUAUUCUUGUUCAUUGAUUAUUCUGCAGUAAAAUUAUUUUGUUUU